CCUACCAAUUUCAUUGUUUUUUUUUAUUUCUAUGACGCGAAGUUCGACAAUAUUUCUAUUAGCUGCUUUCACAGCGUUGGUACUAUAUUUUUAUCAUAAUGAUAUACCUGUGCUAGGACACUUACCGUUUAUUGUCAGAACAAGUGCGGAUGAAAUAUAUGAAAAUUGGUGGGAAUGUAUGCAGCCAGAUAUGCUGACACUGAUGAGAUCAGACGAGCAAACAUUUUGGAAUACUCUGGAGAAUCCAGUUCAAAAAUGUGAAAAAUUGGGGUCUCUUCAAAAUAUUAUUAUGGAACCGUUCACCAAUUUGGAUGAGACAAAGUAUUCAAUAUUACCAAUUUGUGAAAAACCUGACAUGAGUGUUGUGACAUUGGGUGUGGGACAAGAUGUCAAUGCAGAGACACAGCUAUUACAGCGUCUUGGAAAUUCUUCUCUGCUAUUUUUUGGAGCGGAUCCGAUAGUGGAAGGGAAUGACGAAUCAUUUUCAAAAGUCGGCACAUUCUUCCCAUUUGCAAUUGGAAAUAGUUCGAAAAUGGGAAAAGCUUCAGUUCUUGAAAAUGGAGUGUAUGUUGAUAAACGAGUGGUUCACGUAGAACUUAUCGAGUUUUUGAAAGGAAUUAUCGGGAAAACGUUUUUUGACAAUAUUUGGAUUGACGGAGAAUACGCUGAAUAUGAAUUGUUUGAUUACUUUUAUAAUGGUGGAAAGCUGGAUAAGGAGAAAAUUACAAUUUGUCAGUUUAACAUGGAAGUGCAUCUUCCGACUCUUCGUCAACAACAAGAAUUUAAAGAAUUUAUUGUAAGAAUAUACAACGACAAACGUUACGCUUUCUUCCGCCCGGUUCGCGGAAAUCAUAUUCGUCUUUAUUUUGUCAAUUUCAAGGAUCCGAUUUGUGCGAAGAAGUUCAUUAGUGGGUAGAAAAUUUUUUUUUUUCAUCUAAUUGUUAGUUUUAUUUUUGUUGCAUGAGUUGAAGACCUCGAUUACAUUAUGAUUUUUUGCAAAUAAAAAAGUUCAUACUUU